AUGGACUUCAGCGAGGCUGGCGACGCGCGCUGUUAUCUCUGUAACUAUAAUUUCCGGGAUAAUAAGGUGUACGAACGGAUGUUUGAGGAGCGGCUAAAUGUGAAUGGCCAACCACAGAAUUCGCUGGCUUCUAUACUAGCCAUCGUUUUGGGUUACGAACUGCAUGAGCAAAGCGUGCACUCGACGCUGUUGUGCAGCACUUGCAAGGUGAGUCUGUUAAAUUUCGAGGCCUUGGAGUGCAAGCUGUAUGAGGCUCGAUAUGAAAUACUUCGCACACACAAAAAAACAAUAAAACUCUACGAAAUGCAUGUCAAAACUGUUAAAUGUGUCGGCGAUGCUGAACAUAUACAGCCAUUGGACAUCAAGGUAGAGGCACAGUCGGAUUUAGACUCCGAUUUAAGAAGUGACAAUGCAGAACUGAGCACAUUAGAGUCGGAUGAUUUAAUCUAUUUCGAUGACGAGGACGCCGCUGGCGAGCUCACUGUUGAGAUCAAGACAGAGGAGGAGUGCGUUAGUGUGCAGCAGAAAGAGCAAGAACCCCACAUUAAAGAACAGCAGCCGCAGAAAACCCGUAGCUAUGCUUGCACCAGCUGUUCGGCGACAUUUCUAACGCGCCCACAGCUCACUGCCCACCGCCGUACGCACAAACAGUUGACCUGCAAGCACUGCGGCAAGACGUUUGGUCAAACCAAGGAUCUGCACGAUCACAUACGCACACACACCGGAGAGCGACCAUACGAGUGCGAGCUGUGCGGUGCCCGCUUUACGCAGCGCUCAAACUGGCGUACCCAUCUACAAACCACACACUUAAGCGAGGCCAAAUUUAAAUGCACCGAAUGUGGCAAGUGUUACAAACGACAACGCCUGCUGGAUUAUCACAUCAAGUCAGCGCACACUAAAGUGCGAGACAUCCGCUGUGAGCACUGCGAGGCCACUUUCAGUCAUCCGCACUGCUAUAAGCAACACCUGCUCUGCCACACGGAUCAAAAGCACUUCAGCUGUGAUAUAUGUGGGAAGCGUUUUAAACGCCGCGAGAAUCUGCAGGUGCACCUGUUCGUCCACAGCAACAAGAAGCCGUAUGCCUGCAAUGUUUGCGACGCUGGGUUUAUGCGAAAAGCCCAAUUGCUGGCUCAUAUGCAGCGAAGUGAUCAUGUAAGCGAUACAACUGUGAUAAAUCGCCCAGAAUUCAGUACCGUCUAUAGCGAUAAGAUGGGCCGAAAUCUACAGUUACCGCCAGAGGAUACUGCGGAGGCAAUGCCAUCGUAAUUGGAUCUAGAAGUAUGUUAUUAGGAACUCAAAGCUUUAUUGUAUAUUUAUUUAUGUAAUUAUAUGUACAUAUAUGUGAAAUAGCGGAA